GCGUGCGUGUGUGUGUGUGUGCGUGUGUGUGUGUGUGUGUUGGUGAAUCCCGUCACAGUGAGUGACCAGUCUGUCAUGAAGAGAGAAGAUGACUGAGGGGCUGAAACAGAGAUUUGAGUUCCCCAGUUACCUCAUCCAAGCCCAGGCGGUUCGGAGCCUGGUGGCUGCUGUGCUGAAAGAGAAGACUCAGAAUGAGAAGACUGGACAGACCUCCGCCCAGGGUCCUGCUCUAGAGGCUCUGUGGGAGCAGUGUUGUAGUGACUCUGCUGUGGUGCGCUCCGCCUGCUGUGAUGCUCUGGUGCUGCUGGUGGAACAAGGCCACGCCCACCUGCAACACACACUCAACAGCGUCCUCAACCUGCUGCCAUCCGCCAGGAAUGUCCAGGGUCUGAUGAAGGUGGUGUCUAGUCUGCUUCAGCUGCAGCUCACCCAGAGAGACAGAGGAGCAGCGUUUACCUGUCCAUACUCCAUCAGGAGCUUCCCCCACCCCUUCAUCUCUCUGCUGGAGAACCGUGUGGACUGCUGGCCUUUUCUGCUCCACGAGAUCCAGGAGUUUCUCCAGCAGGCCACCCUCAGCGGGGAUGUGGAGUACGUGUCCAUGCUGACGCCCUUCUUGAGGUACCUCUACUGUGAACCCCAGAGGAUGCCCGAGCACGCCCUCCUACGACACAACCUCAUCACAGUGCUCCUACCUGCACCAGGAGGCCCAGUACCUGCGUCAGGAGGCCCAGCUCCACCUGCGUCAGGAGGCCCAGUUCCUGUAUCAGGAGGCCCAGCACCUGCACCAGGAAGCCCAGUUCCUCUGGGUAGAGAGGGCCCCAGUGCGGAGGUGACCCACAGGGUGGUCCGCUGCCUCCUGGAGCUGAUUCCACACAUGCAGGUGGACAGCGUGACGGCUGUGCUGGAGCUGAGUAGCCUGGUGGGGGCGCUGUUCCCCGUGAUGCUGCAGGACUCUGCGGAGGGGGUGGGGCCGUGGGGUGAGGAGCUCUCCCUGCUGGCUCUGCACCUGCUCUGUGCCGCUCACCUGUGCCUGCACCUGGGGGGCGACAGCCGGCCCCUCCUGCUCUCCCUGCGCCGCCUCCUGCCCACCUGCGCUCAGGUGGUGCCGUUAGAUCAGGUGUUGAUGGGCGUGUCUGUGCUCUUACUUCAUGCUCCAGCCCCUCAGCAGACCGCUCUACUGGAACUUGCGGUGUGUGUGUUGAGUGUGUGUGCGGAGCGCUGUGUGGGGGGUGUGGGGACGCUGCUGUUGCUGCCGCUCCUGCAGGUGCUGUCCUGCUGCAGUCUGAUGGAGGCGCUGUCUGACCCACACACACACCGGACCAACCAGGACCUCGCCCAGCAGCUCAUUCACACACUGGAGACCCAUACAGAGGCGGCGGAGUGUGAGGUUCUCUCCAUGAGUGUGUGUGAGGUGCUUCCUCUGAGUGUGUGGCACAGCGAGCUGGCGGUGGCCUGUGGGACGCUGCGGCGUAUCUCUGGGGUUGCCGCGGUUACGGAGUGGCUGCACGGCGUUGGCUCCAGCCUGCCCCUCAGCGAUCGCGUCCCCGACACCCUCCCUCUGCUGCUCGCCUGCACCAUCGUCUGUCACCACGGCGACGUCUGCCGCCUUGCCCUGGAAACCGCCGCCUCCCUCGCACAGGCCGACCCCACCCAGGUGCCCUGUCUGCUGUCUGUGUUGAUGUAUAAGCUGGGCAGAGUGUCUGAUCCGGUCCUCUCACAGUCUCUUCUCUACACUCUGCCCAAGCUGGCCACACACAAGCUAUGUGUCCCUCAGGUGUUGCAUGUGCUGCAGACUCUGAGUCGCCCCCAAGCAAAACCGUGUUACUGCCUCGCAGCUGCCUUGUGGGAGAAACAGGACCGUGUGUAUCCUGAGCUGCAGAAGCUGAUGUGUGUGUUGGAGAAGAGUGUGGGACUGGUGGGGAAAGAUGCUCAGUGGGAGCUGCUGUUGGCCAGAGCUGCCUGUAUCAGAGACGUGUGCAGAGAGAGGCCGUAUCAGCACGGUGGAGACAUGCUGGCUGCCAUCACACACACACUCUCCCAGUGCACACGCAAGGACCAGGCCACUCCUGCCACACUCGCUCUGCAAGGGCUUCAUGAGCUGUGUCGCGCAGAGGUGGUUGAUAUGUGCUCCACGUGGAAGGCCCUGUCCCCCCAGUUGAGCUGUGAUAGCCGACCCUUAGUCCUGAAGGCCACUGCAGAACUGCUCUCGCUGGUGCCUCAGCUAGCCGUUAAAACAGAGGAGUACGAGAAACUGAAAGAGCAGGUUGUCAGUGUCCUGUGGGGAUAUGCGCUCAGUCAGGACCCUGAGGUGGCCAGUUGUGGCUAUAAGGCUCUGUCAGAGUUCCCAGAUGGAUGUCACGUGAUUCUACACCUCCCUGAACAGGCACGGCCGGAGAGGAAGCAUCCUGACAGUGAGGAUGAGCAGAGCCGAGAGAUGGAGAAGGAUCCGGAUGUGGAUGUGUGUGUGCCUGGCGCCUCCUACAUCAAGCUGCUGGGACACACUCCUCUGGCUGUUUUACCUGCGUUGGAGCUGUUCCUGGGGGGGCUGGUGAGGCAGGAGAUGACUGUGAUGCCCCGUGGGGUGUACCACUCUGCCCUGCGCGGGGGAAGCCUGAGGGCGGACCAGGGCAAGACCCUGGCGGGGGUGCCGGCCUUCAUGCUCAAGACCUACGAGAAGAACAAGCAGCCUGGACUCAAGCCUGGCCUCUCAGCCGGCCUGCUGCUGUGCUAUGACCUCCCCAUCCAGACGGAUAGAGAUGGACGGCCAAUCAGCCGCUUCCUUGUCAGCCGGGGGCGGAGUUACCAGCAGAUGUUGGCAGCACUCAUUCAUGAGGUGAAUAUCCAGCCGUCUGAAUGGCAUCGUUCACUUCUGCUGCCUCAGGCCUGGAGGGGCUUCAUGAGUCGAGCCUACCACGCUGUCCUGCAGGGUCGUAAGGCUGAGCUGGAGAUGCAGCAGAGACAGGGGAAGGAGACUCCAGAAGAACUGCAGUACAAACAGCACUGCGCCUGGCUAUGGGUCCGAGACCAGCUUACUGAUGUUGUUAAAUCUGCAGCCAAAGAGAGUCCGGUGGUCCAGGGGAACUCCAUCCUGGCCCUGAGCAGUCUGGCUGCGGUCCUCACCAAGUACGAGAGCAACCUGCCUGCAGACAGCGACGGGGGACUCGGGGCGGGGCCAGAGAUUCUGCCGACCGCUCAUUGGCUGUCCAUGGUGAUUGACACGCUGCUGAGCAUCGUGAGCAGCAGCUUCAGGCCAAAGGGGCGGGUCUUCCCCUGGUUCCUGCACCGCUCCUACUCUGGUGAGAACACGGCUAGUGUGAUCGCUCGCUCGUGCGCAGCGCUGGGCUUGACCCUGCUGGUGCCGGUGCUGGUGACCUACCAGAGGGAGGGCCUGCCGUCCAUCCUCGCCCUGCUCAGAGAGGCCCUCCCUGGGCAGCCCAACGCAGACGAGUCCCAGGCUCUGCAGUUCCACACAGGCCUCACGCUGGGCAUGCUGCUAGCCGCCCUACAGGAGGAGAGGAUCAGUGAUGUACCUGGUCAGUCGGUGUCCGAAUGGUUCUCAUCAUCUCUGGAUCUUCUGGAGUCCUGCUGCUUUGACCCCACUCUCGAGUACAAUGCGGGCUGUGUGCUGGGCACGGGAUUGGCUCUGUGUGCGCUGAGUGGCAGCGGUCAGUCGGAGCGGAGUGGGCGACUGCAGCUGUCCUUCGACAAGCUGAUCGCCAGCCUGCAGGACUCCAGUGGGCAGCAGGCACGCAUGACACAGGAGGUGCUAGCGUACUCUGUGGCAUGUGUGUGUGUGUCAGGGUUCAGCUCUGGGCAGGUGUCGGCUGAUAAGGCAGAGGAGAUCAUGAACACCUUACGAAGCAUGACUGAAGAGAGUCAACAGACCCCUGGUUUGGCGUUGUCUCUGGGUGUGGUGGUCAGCGGUCUCUCCUCGUGUGGUCAUGGGAAGGCCGAAGACAUUCUGCCCCGCCUACUGGCCGCCUGGACCAAGAUCCUGCUGGCAGAGGGUUGUCCCACCAUGCAGAGGCUUGCAGCUCUUAAUGGUCUAGUGGCCUUAGUGGGAUCAGAGAAUGCACUCAUUCAGCUGAGGAGUGAGCAGGAACAGUCAUCACAGCAGCAGAACCGACUCAACGAAGUCAUCAGAUCCAUCACACAGGUGAUCUCCUUCUCCGGCGUGAUUGGUCUGCAGUCUAACGGGGCGUGUCUGGUGGGUCACCUGCACCUGGCCCACAUGUCCUCCAGCCACACCCGCACUGCUGUUCCCCAGGACUUUAGCUACCUGCCUGAGAAGAGUGUGGUUAGAGCAGUAGUGGACUACCUCACAGAGGCAGGAAAGAAGGGUCCAGAGGUCACGACCCCGCGGGUGAAGACGGUGCUGUGCCCACUGGCGACGGUGGGCGUGGCCUUUCAGUACCCGCCCAUCAACUGGAGUGCCCUCCUGUCCCCCCUCAUGAGGCUCAACUUCGGUGAGGAGGUGCAGCACCACUGCGUCGAGCUGGCCGCCACUCAGGCCCAGUCCUCCCAGAGUGCUUCACUCUUCCUGGGGGUGUGGCUGGCCCCUCCACUCGUCCACAGCUUGAGUGUGCGUACGUGUGCUCACCUGUUUGAGUGUGUGGGCAGCUGGAUGCGUCACGUGGCUGAUGACAAGCUGCAGGUGUACGUGGAGGCUCUGGGGGUGCAGCAGUUCACCCCUGACCUUCGACCCCAGCGGAUGACCCUGUGCCGCUCCAUCCUGCGUGGGCUAGCCGUCGCCAUGGCGCUGCCCAACCCACCGCAAGCAUGCUGGACCUGCCUCUGCUCCACCACCGAGAAGAUUUACACACUCCUGCCCGACCACAUACAGGACUCAGAUGUGGAGCUGUAUGAGGGCGUGGCUAAAUGCCUAUCUGAGAUGAGCGACUCUGAGAUUGACAGGAUUGCCAAGGUUACUGAGGCGGGUGUGGAGAAGGCAGCGUUCACUCUGGCCCUCCUGGCCUCUCAGGGCCGCGUGCCGCUCCUGG